UGACAACCCCACCGAAUAAUUUCAGUAUAUCUAUUUCUGUCGACCAUCAGUCUCAUUGUUCACAAGAAACGUCCCAUGGAAGUUCGUUCAAUAGGUUGUACAUAUUUACGUCUUUUCGAUACGCAACUCUCGUUUACUACUGCAAACGUAUCAUCGUUCCUCAUGAGUAUUCGAGUAUCCUUACGCGUUCGAAUCGAAAACGACAUUCGUGAAGGACAUCAUCAUUGCUCUAUUCUAUAGAUGUUCCUGUUAUUAACUGCCGUUUUGAAAUUAGGGAACUUAUGGAUUAAUUCUUAAUUCCAACGUGUGACGAUCUAGUUUGAGAGAGAAAAAGAAAGGGAGAGAGAGAGAGAAACAAAAGGAGAAAGAUUAUUUUUAACAGUAUUUCAUCGUUAACGAGUUUUUUAAUCUUUCUAGGAGCUUUCUUAGGCCACGUCAGCUAUCGAUUCAUACUUCCUUCGAUUAGUCUUGAUUAAAUGGGUCGAGAUCUUUUGCAUUACAAACCAAAUUUUGAAUCCCAUUGGUUUAUUAUGAAGCUUAUUUAUCGCAAUAUUUCAGAGGAUAUGCGUAUACUCUGCAAAAGAGAUCAUAUUUUCGAUGUUCAUUUUUCUACGUUAAAAUCAUUAAGAAAUGCUACCGACAGUAAAAUAUCAAAUAGCAGUUUGUGGGUCGGUCAGCCAACAACGAUAAGUAUAAUAAUAUACAGCAUCGUUACACCGAUAAUUUCUACUCUUGGAAUAAUUGGUAACAUUCUCAUUCUUGCGGUUAUCUUAAAACGAUGUCUGAGGACCUCCACUUAUACGUAUCUAGCAGUCCUAGCCAGUGCUGAUCUCGUAACGUGCACUCUCCUUCUAUUCUCUGGCCUGGCAAGAGGAAUUUUCUGGUGCAAAUCAGGUUGGCUCGAGUUCGAUGCCUUCGUGCAUCUUCCACUUGGCUCAAUUUCAUCCAAUAUCACCGUAUGGGCUACCGUGUGCGUCACCAUUGAUAGACUUGCGUUGGUCUGGAGCCAGCCAAGUUGUAAAACUCCGAAGUUCUGCAGUCAGCACAUCGCCCGAAAGAUGAUGAUCGUCUCAACCUUCUUUACUAUCAUCAUCAAUGUCCCUUACUGUUUCAUGUACAAGUAUAACGAGCGUGGCGAUUUAAUGACGACGCGAUUUUUUCAUUCGUGGUUGUAUAAUCUUCUGAAUUGGCUUCAGCUAAUAAUCUUUGGCCUUCUACCAGCCAUAUUCUUGUUCAUUGCAAAUAGUAUUAUGUGCUUCAACAUGAUGAAGAUGCUCAACCAGCGGAAAGAAUUGUUGAAACGAUGUAAUGCCAGAGAAUGUAACCAGUUUAGGGAUCAAACGAGAUUGACCGUAAUGCUGGUAGGCAUCGCAUUCGUUUUCGUCGUGGGCGAAGUUCCAACACACUUGGCAUCACGUCGUAGCGCAAUUUCUCUUUUAUAUGAUGGCGAUCUAACCAUCGUCCAUGAAGUUUUUCUCGAAAGAUUUCGUAUCUUCGCUACCCUCUUUAGCGCUAUCUCCAGCUCAUUCAAUUUCGUGCUCUACUCCCUCUUGAGUCCACAUUUUCUCUCACAUUUAAAACAGGUCCUCUAUAGAAAGUCUAUAUCACGGGAGACUAACACAAUGAGGAUAAAUGCGAUCGUUUCAGGAAGUCAAUUAAUGAACGUAUCAUAUUGUAAUUUAUUCUCUUAAUUUUUUAUUCAAUUAUAUAUAUAUAUAUAUGUAUGUGUGUG